CAAGCGACAUUUGGCACAGGAGUCCAAGGGCAACAGCGAAAAGUCCGAGGACGAGUUGAAGAAGACAAAGUCAUAUGCGUCGCUCAAGAAUUGGGGCCAUGACAUCCUCAAGGCAACUGGAGGAAAAUCUUCUGCAAAUGGCAGCUCAGAUUCAAACCACAAGAACAAGGACGCUAGCGACGAGGCAAAGAAGGAUUCUACCAGCAACGGCAAGUCUAAAUCGAAUUCACCCUCUCAGGCUUCAAAACGCCAGACUCGAUCCGCUGCAAAGGAUGACAAGGCAGACGAAGACGAGGAGAGCAACGAGGAAGAGGAUGAGGAUGAGCCUGAAGAGGAGGGCGAAACCGGUGACGACGAUGGAAGCACGGCCAAAUCUGGCCAGAAGCGCAAGGCGGCCAACGGCAAACAGAACGGAGGGCACAAGAAGCAGCAGACGAGCAAGGGUGCUGGUGGGAAAAAGCAAUCGACUGAAGAUGAAGCAGAGGAUGUCGACAAAGAUGAUGAAGACGGUGAUGAGGAACAGGACGAAGAGAUGGCUGAAGCCGACGAGGAAGAGCAGGCUGAAGAGGGGCAGGCCAAUGGGAAGCAGGCGAGCGACAAGGAUGACGAGACGGAAGCGGGUGAGCAAGAAGACAAAGAAGAAGAAGACGAGUCUAGCGGCAAGGGAGACGCCAAAAACGGCCCCAGCAAGGGAGACACGGUAAGUUGGAAGUGGGGCAACAAUCAUCCGGAAGGAAAAGUUUUGGAUGUCAAAGAAGAAGAUACGUCCAUAACAACCAAAAACGGUAAUCAAGUCAGCCGAAAGGGCACCAAGGAUGACCCAGCAGUGGUGCUGGAUGCAGGAAAAUCCAAGGCCAUCAAAAAGGCACACGAGCUAGACUA